AUGACGUCCUCUAGCACCGAACAAGCGCCGGUCAAACUUCUUUCGAUAGAUGGCGGGGGGGUUCGGGGGCUUUCUGCCUUGGUACUCUUGGAGCAGCUGAUGGAUUUAUCAAAUAACGAGCGAGAAAAACGGAACCUCCGGCCUCAGGAACCAUGGGAGAUGUUUGAUAUGAUUGGGGGUACUAGCACAGGAGGCCUAAUUGCGGUUAUGCUUGGACGAUUGCGAAUGUCCAUCAAAGACUGCAAGGACGCAUACGUGAAUCUCGCAGAACGUGCCUUCACAGAGAUGAAUUUUAUAGAUCGAGUGAAGGGUACUAUCAAUGUCGGACCUCGAUUUGAAACUCAGCCUCUGGAGGAUGCUAUCAAAGGAAUUAUUGGUGACAAAUGGGCAACAAGCCUCCUUAAAGAAGAUCCCAAGAACAUUGACUGUCGAGUCUUUGUCGUAGCUCACCUUCAACAAACCAAUGAAGUGGCCAUAUUGAGAAGCUACCGAAACUUGCUUCGACCGAAGGCUGAGCUCGAAACAAUGCAUAUCUGGCAAGCCUGCCGGGCGACAUCAGCAGCGCUAACCUACUUUGAGCCGAUCGAGGUCGAUGGCACCACAUACUCUGAUGGUGGCCUUCUAUAUAAUAACCCUGUCCAACUUGUUCAUAUUGAGGCAGGUGAAGUGUUUGAGGGAAGAGACCAACUCAUCGUCAGUGUGGGCACUGGCCUUGAGAAAAUUAUGAAAUUCCAACCGUCUCUUGCCACGGUCGCCACAGACUUAGCACGUCUCGCAUCGGAAACAGAAAGAACUGCCGAUGAUUUCUUCCGGAAGGAUGGGGCAAAGGCUGCGGAGGCUGGCAGGUAUUUUCGUUUCGAUGUACCUGGGCUUGGCGAUAUAGGACUCGAGGAGUCCAAGAAGCUGCGUGACAUAAAGAGGCUGACCGAGCGCUAUAUAAACUAUGGGGAAGUGGGGCGUAAGAUCUAUCGGUGUGCUAAGGAAGUCGCAGUUGAAAGCUCCUCCCCCGAUGUCGAGCCGAAUCCAGACCCGAACACCGACCCGGGAUACGUCUCCGUUCUCUACGGCGGUUUCCGAGGGCGCGCAGGCUCUUUCCGGAUGUCGCUAGCGGACAUCGAAAGUGACAAGCAGCUCUUCCUUCAGAUGCGUGCAGCAUAUGCCAAGCGGCAGCACCGCCUGUGGAGGAGAGACUUGCCACAUCCAUGGACGAUGGCUUGGCUCUCUUGGUUCGAUGUGAAGCGACUUGAAUUCGUCGAGGUAGUUCAGCGCUAG